AUUUAAAGUGUUGUUGUGCCACACCGACCAGUUAAAACAGUUGGACACCAAACAAUCAGAGGGCGAAGUUGUUCCACCUGCAUUAUGCCGGCGAGCAAAACCGUCAAAUAUUCAUUUUAACUUCAAGUAACGAUAAUGUGGGUCGCCAGGCGAGUUUUGUCGUCGCUGGUCAAAAGAAGUCAGUAUGCGGGACAGUCCGGUUUGUUUUGCCGCCCUCAGUACGGCUCCUUCCCUGAGCUGCGGUACCUUCAGUGCACAUGCUGCUGGAGAAGCCGGGUUCCCGUGGCGAGCUUUGAGACCCUUAACGCUAAUCUGUCCUCCAGUAAUGAAUCCUGCAAGGACGACGGGAGCAGAACGCUGGACACCUGCUACACCCCAGAGCAGCGAGACGCUAUCCUCCAGCUCCUCAACACCGCCACGUCAGGAGAGCUGGCCGGGAUAAAGCUGCUGCGAGGUCGCAAGUCCCUCAACAUUGUGGAGUACAGGACUAAAAACGGACCCUUUAAAACUCUGGAAAGUGUGGUGAAUGUUCCACUGCUAAAGCACAAAAGUGCUGUCAUUGUCUUCAACUCCAUUCUCAACCCGACGGUUAAGAAGGAGAGGAAAGUGAGGAUACAGCUGGCCAAGUUCAUCAGGCCAGAGGUCGACAAGUCUUGGUUAGAGGAUGCCAGUUCCAUAGUGUCACUCAUAUGUGGGACUAAUAAAAUUGCCUGGGCACACGUGGACCGUGGAAUGAGUGUACUGGACUGGCAACAGGUGGACUGUCCGAAUUUCCUGAGGGGAACUUACAUGGCUUCUGCUUAUUUGCAUGAUGUGUCUUCAGUUGUGGCCCUCCUGCCAUCAGCAGAUUUCUACAUAAUAGAGAAAUCUUCCAUUUCAGUCCAAAACACAGCUCUGUUCCCCAUCAUGGCACACAUGAGGGCUGUGGAGGCCAUGCUUUUUGCUCUGCUGGAGCCCAAAAAUUCCCUGCCAGAAUCCAACAUUCCUCCCAGGGUUCUCAACAUGAUGAGGACUGCUGUAGGGCGCCACUUUGGACUGAUGGUGGGUGAGUCUCGAACAAGCGGGGCGCAGGCAGUUCGACAGCUCAUGACAGAGUCGGUGACGCAGAAGCUUCCCAGAAUAAACUUUCCCCAGGAUCUGCUGGUGAAGUACAGGAAUUCCUUCCAGAUGGGCAGCAGAAGAGGAGGGGAGGAACUCUGUGACGCUCUCCUUCAGGCUAUAGCCUUUUAUGAGCUGCUCAGCGACUGCUCCUGAGAGCCACUAGCUGGACUCGUCUCGUCACCACACAACCAACAAACCUCAGAAAUGGCA